GAAAUAAACCAAAACCGAGCCACUACUCAAUUUUGAGAUUUAGGGUUUAUGGUUAAGCAUAAGUCACCAGAUAAAUAGAAAGUUUUCUGGAGAGGGAUUAGUUUAGUCGCUUUGCUUUCUCCAAGAGAAUUUUCAGAGAAAAAGGUUUGACGAACAUUGCGGCUAUGGCGGCGAAUCUCCAAGACGGUGUUUCCGAUGACUUUGACUACGAACAUUGGUCUCCAAUGGCGGAAACUAGACUGAUGGAGAAUGGAGUUUGGGAUGUUGUUCAAAACGGAGUCUCGCCAAAUCCAACGAAGAUUCCACAGUUAGCGGCGACUAUUAAGGCCGUAGAUCUAGCGCAAUGGAGAAAUCGUGUGAUUGAAGACAACAAAGCGCUUAAGAUAAUGCAAUCUUCUCUCCCAGAUUCGGUUUUCAGGAAGACUAUCUCGAUUGCUUCGUCCAAGGAUCUUUGGGAUUUGCUCAAAAAAGGUAACGAUAACGAAGAAGCUAAGCUACGUAGAUUAGAGAAACAAUUAGAAAAGCUUAUGAUGUAUGAAGGAGAACCAAUGGAGUUGUACUUGAAGAGAGUUGAGGAAAUCAUUGAACGGUUCUUUGUUUGGGAAAAUCCGAUAUCGGAUGAUAAGGUUAUCGCCAAGCUGUUAAUUUCGCUGCCACGGUCAUAUGAUGAUUCUAUUCCUGUGUUGAAGGAAUUCAUGACUUUGCCUGAUCUGACUCAUCGCGAUCUUCUUAAGGCUUUUGAAUUGUUUGGAUCACAUCCUGAAACUAUGCCUCAGGAGUUGAUGAAGUUCAUUAACAUUCUUAGAAAAGCCCACUCUGAUCGGUUGCCGUGUAGUGGGUACGAUAAGAACAAUCCCAACAAAGAUGCUAAGCUACUUAGAUUAGAGAAGCAAUUCGAGAAGCUUAUGAUGUAUGACGGAGAAUCAAUGGAUUCUUACUUGGAGCGAGUUUUGGAUAUCAUUGAACAGUUCCGCGCUUCGGGAUAUCCGAUAUCCGAUGAUGAUGUUAUCGCGAAGCUGUUAACUUCGCUGUCAUGGCCAUAUGAUGAUGCUAUUCCUGUGUUGGAGGAACUCAUGAAUUUGCCUGAUAUGACUCCUCAUGAUCUUCUUGGGGUUUUGGAGAUACAUGGAUCACAUCCUGAAACUAUGCCUCAGGGGUUGAAGGAUUUCGUUAAAAGUCUUAGAAAAGCCAAGGCUGAGCAGAUGUGGUGUGGCGUGUGCAAGAAGUACAAUCACUACCAAGAAGACUGUUAUUACAACCCUAGGGUAGUGAACUUGAGUGGAGGAAGAGGCCACUGCUUUCAAUGUGGAGAAAUUGGGCAUUAUGCUAGAGAUUGCUACAACACAAGGAAUCUGCAACCCGCGGCGACACUACAAGCUCGGAAGAGAGAAGUCAAAGAUUGUUUCACUUAUGAUGAGGAUAUGUGGAUGAUAUACACCACCACUGAGAAUCACAUGACUCCAUAUGAGAAGUUUUUCACAUCUUUGGACAGAACAUACAGAGGUGGGGUUCAAUUAUCGGACGGGAAUGUUGUCAUGGUAGAAGGGAUAGGAGAUGUCAAGUUCAUGAUGAAGGGAGUGAAGAUGACAAUCAUGGAUGUGCUUUUCGUUCCACGGAUCAACAAAAACGUUUUGAGUUUUAGUCGGAUGAAAAAGAGAGGCUAUUCAAUGGAAAUGGAAGGAGGUGAGUGCACUAUUAGGGAUGAGGCAGGGAAAAUAUUUGUUAAAACCAUGCGGGAAAAGAGAGGCAUUGCUCUGCGUUUGCAGGUGAUUGAAAGGUAUUCACUUUGAAUAAAUUUGGUAGUAGACUUACUCUUUAGGUGGACAUUUCAAGUCUUUUAUGUGGUUUCAGUUUGGAUUUAUUCGUCUUAGAAAGCUAAUUCUCAUAUUCUGCUACUGCAAUAUGAAUUAGUCCUGGUCUUUUAUUGGUUUUAAUCUAGCUUUUGGAAACUCUUUUGUACUCACUAUGCAUUGCUUUUGUCAAGUUUUGCUAUUGGUGAAAGGAGUCAAUUCUAGUUAACAACUUAACAAUGAAAGGGCUUUUAGUAA